UACGUCAAAAAAGUCAACACAUCACGGAUCACGGCGGGCGACGCUUGGGAAAAACAGAAACAUCAGUGAUUUAGUUUAUUUUAAUCUAGCUUAUACUUUGUUGUGAAAUGGCUAGACCAAAGUCGCCAUCGGCGGCUUCCGAAAAGGAGAAAAAGAAACCAAAGGAAAAUAAAAAAAAGAAAGGUGAUUCAGGAUCUAGCAGCAGCGACAGUAGCGGCAGUUCAUCAGAGAGCAGUUCAUCCCGUUCUUCAUCUCGGUCAUCUUCAAGCAGUUCUGGAAGCUCUUCUCGGUCAUCUUCCUCGUCCAGCUCCUCCAGCAGCAGCAGUAGUAACAAUGACCGCUCCAGACCAAAAAAGAAGAUUUCACCUAACAAGAGUCCUGUAAAGGAUCGCCGUGAGCCUGACAGAGAUAAAGUAAGAGACAGGUCUCCCCUCACUGACAAGAAAAAGUUGGCCGCACCUUCAGCAAAUGACAAGGGAAAGAGCAAGGAAAAGCAUGAUAGGUCACCUGGUCGCAAAAAGCGUGAGCGUUCCCCGCCACCUCGACCAACAAGGAUUCAUAUUGGGCGUUUGACAUUAAAUGUGAACAGAGAUCAUAUCCAUGAGAUAUUCUCCACAUAUGGUACUGUUAAAGCAGUUGAGUUUCCAAUGGAUAGAUUACAUCCUCAUAAUGGACGAGGAUAUGCGUAUGUCGAGUUCAGUAAUGCUGAUGAAGCUGAGAAUGCUAUGAAGCAUAUGGAUGGAGGUCAGAUCGACGGUCAGGAAAUUACGGCGGCCCCGGUGUUGGUGCCUUCGCGUCCGCGCCGGCCGUCGCCGCGACCGCCGCCGCCCAGGCACGCCCCGCCCCGACGACACUCUCCACCUCGCUACAGGCGCCGCAGCCCGAUGCCUCGCCGGCGCUCCCCGCCGCGGCGACGCCGCUCGCGCUCUCGCUCGCCGCGCGCUGCCCCGCGCCGCCGCCGCUCCAGGUCCUCCUCCUCCUCCUCCCGAUAACUCCUCACACACACCCACACAAGCACACACACUCCGUGACAUACAUGCACAAUUAACACUUACCCAAAUCUUUGAUUUAUAGAAGUUAUCAAAGAUUACACCAAUAUUAACAUGUUCCAGAAAUGACUAGGUAAGUAUGUCUACUUCCUAUCUUAAGGUUGAUAGUGUUGAUACCACUACAUGCUUAGUAUUAGUAGAAUUGAUUCUAAAGGUAUUGCAAUGGAAGGUAAGUAUUAGUGCCUCUGUGUUAUGAUUUAAAUAAAAUAACAAUAAGAUGUUUCUUGUUAUAAAAGCUUGCAAAAUGGAAACAACUGAGUGAGUGAUCAGUGCACAAAAACUGUAUCUCAAUAUGACUCAAACAGUGUGAAGUGUUGAUGUAAUAAAAAUGUAUUUGUAAUAUUUUGAGGGACUCUGAUAAUAAACUGUAUUAGUAAUUGGA